AGUGUUGCUUUUCAUCUCGGUAAUUAACAAAGUUUUUAGCUGCUAUCAGUGCUUUAUUGACGUCGACGACAGUCUUCGCUUGUGCUGGGGUCACAUUCUCUCCGAAUACAAUAUAAGGAAUGUGGACUCUUGUUUCAAAACACUCGAUCGCAUAUUCAACAAUGAAUCGAGAGUAAUUGAAGCAGGAAAAGUAGGUAAGACACAUAUUUUUUACAUAUUAUUGGUGUUAUGCUACUAAACAAUGGCGUAUUGUACGAGAAGAUGUAGUCUACACUUAUGAAAAAGAAGUGCUAUUCUUAUUUUAAAAUUAAAAUAGGAAAGCAUAUGUUUACUUUUUAUUCUCGGAAAUGGGCUAUGUGCGCUUCUCAGAAAUAUAGCUACAAUAAAUUACCUUUAAGUACUCGACUUACACUCUACAAUCUAAAUAUAUUCGAGUUAUAUCCUAUACUUGUGCUCCGUGUUUUCAUUGUUAUUCGGUAGGGGGCGCUAGUACAUCUGUACUGAAUUAAUAAAAAAAAAACGCAAGUGAAGAAGAAACUGAAACAGCAGACGCUUGCACGUGUUAUCUGUCAUGAUCAUCAGGCAUAAAACAGCAUUCAAAUCUGUGUAAUAUUAUGGAAUAAAAUAUGGACAAAUUAAGAGGGAGAGGCUAUGACUUGGUGCUGAAGAAUAUCUUGAUGGCUGAAAUUAUGCCUAUAGUGGACGAAUUUGACCUACAGAGAAAUUAUGAUACAGUAUAUGAGUUCAGGCUACAGGCAGCAGCAAACAAUUUCAUUGCUGCAGCCUCAAGGCUGCCCAGAGCCUCUGGAUGUUUCCCCCCAUGCGGUUUCCAGGUUCAAGGUGCUGUUUAUAACUGCAUGACCUGUCAGUACGACUCCUGUGAGUUCCCGCUGGAUUGCCCCGCGAAGGAAAUCAAGGUAAAUGAGAACAACAGGACUCAGAUGUGGUGUAAGGUCCUUUUCCUGCUUCCCACAGAUGCAGAGAUAGUCUGGAGAUAUGCAGUGGAGAGAACUUUAUUGAUGGAUCGGUUUGACGAGGUCACGGUUGGAGAGGAUCCACUUUACGUCAUCCCCUCUGCCCGGCCAGAGCACUCAGGCACCUAUCAGUGUGAAAUAUUCUCUCAGGAGCACUCACUCGUCCGUAUCUACUACUACCUCACAGUAGUCCCUAUGGCACAGAUAGGCCAUGCAGAACUACAGGAUGUCUUUGAACAGGCUCUCCUCCCAGGAGGCCGCUUCCCUCCCCUGACUCCUACAGAUCCGUUCACCUUAUGGCUGCCCAGUCCUGCCCUCGUCACCACUUGUCUGACUGCAGUGCUUCUGCUGGUCUUCCUCAGUCUAGGGGCACUAUAUUGGUCAUCUUAUCAGAUUGCGAACAAUGAUUCUGAUCCAACCCAGGAAACAAAAUUCACCGAAACCAAGAAAUAUUUGAUUCACUGCUAACAAGAGAAAUGCAGUGAAAUAUUAAAGCACAACUUGUUUCACUGGUAAGGCAUUCUAUUAUUGAAAUAUUACUAUGUAGAAGACAGUUAUUGAAAUGAGCAGGAGAACAUGUGAGAGUCAGUGAAUCUGAGUUCAUGAGUGAGGCUGUGCCACUACAUGAAGUUAUAAAGCCUCCUUUAUACUACUAAAUAUAGCCAGACGUGACUCAAGGCGUUACUCCGUUUGCAGUCUUUACUCAGUGUUUUGCCGCUGUUGUCCCAACAACCCAUUAGGUCCAAACUGGGCGAGGGAAAUACUUCAUUGUACAGCAUUGCGAUUUUCCAUAAUGUUUGUUAGGACAAUGUGUAUUUUAAAGCUGCAAAUGAUUUUUUUACGAUGUCUGGAUUUUAUCACAGGUCUUAAGAUUUAAAGACCUAAUGUAGUUUUUCCAUAAAUUCCGAAUACAUUUAAAUAAGCAGGUUUUCAGGGAUGAACUUUGUUGAUGACUAUCAUCACCACUAGUCAUAUUUCUGUUUUUCGUCUCGUUUGGCACCUCUUUACCUCUACUUAUCUGCCCUGAGAUAAGAUGAUGUCCGCCAACUCAGUGCUGAGGUCAUGACUGUUAAGAAGAAACCACCCAAAAUAGAAGACUGCACAAUAUUAAAGUAAAGUGGAAAAGAGGAAUUCAAAGGCGCAAUCUGUGCCUGUAACUCUGGAUUUUAAUGUGUGAAGAUUUUAUGCACAGUUUAAAACUAAAAAAGUGCUAUUUUAUUCAAUGGCUGUUAAAAUAAGCAUCAAACAACAAAACCACCAGACACUGUCAGGAAAGGCCUCAAUUGUGCUAUAAUAUAAUAAUUAGUAGUAGACAAAAUUAUGUGAUGUAGGUUUAAAUAUUGUUUCACAAGACAUCUUUUUCUUUUGUUCUUCCUUUAGAUGAAAUCAUUACACAGUUUUGCAUGUGAAAAGGGCAGAUUUGUGAUUGAGUUUCCUUGAGAAAACAAGCUGUCCUAACUAUGAGAUGUGACAUGGAAACUUAGUCAUGUCUUCAGAGACAUUAAUGAGGACUGUUCCUUCUAAAGUUAUAAAAAAAAAAAAAAAACUGUCAAAAUGUUUGAUGACAAUCAACAUGAAAUGACUGCGGAGACAAAAAUGUUUUUAAAAGGCUGCUGGAAUCCAGCAGAAUAUGUCUGUAAUUGGAUGCCAAUUGAAGUGAAAAAAGAAAAUAAAUAAAUAAAUAAAUAAAAGGCUAUAGGAACAGCCAAUCCUGUGAAAUCAAACAAUCUGCCAGACUGCAGGCAAAAAUAUAAUUGAUCAAAAUAUACAAAAGUAAAAUGUAAAAAAAAAAUUUGGCAAUAAGUAUAUAUUAUAAAAACUGCAACCCCCUUUGUUUAAUUUACAUUGUUUUUAUUAGCACACAGGAUUAAUUACUGAUUAAGUUAUUUUACUGUAAUAUUACAUUUUAUGUUACAAAUGUUUAAUAUAUUGUAAGUGAAAACAAAAGACAAUUAUGUCAAUUAAUUAUGAUGUUGCACUUUUGUCUAUAUUACAACUCGGUGUCCUGAUUUAAGCAAAAAUGCCAUCAACCAACUGAAAAAUCUAUGUAGAGGAUCACAUUAUCAGUUAUUAUUUUAUUUGUCUGUGGUGUGUCCAGAUAUCAGCACAGUAAGCGGUGGCAGUGACAGUGAUGACAUUAUGUUUAUCAAUGACGCUGAAUCAUUUGCGGUUGCCGUUGUGGUCUGGUUUUGUUGUGGCGUGAUCAGUGUGUGAGAAAUGAAACAGAAAUGACAGUAGGAUGAAUUCACUGUAUGAGACCAACAUAGCACCUCUUACUCAUGGAAAUCUGUUUCCUCUUUUAAUCACUCGCAGAUGUGUGGUCUGGGUCUGUAGACCCUCUGACGCAAGAAAGGGAAAAGAGACCGGGGGGGCAGGGUCUGAAUAAUUGCAAACAUUUGUCGAGGGUGAAGCAUCGUUUUUGCCAUGGGUUGAGUACCAGAACAGUAACAGAAAGAGGUUUCUUCAUUUUUCUCAAGCGCAAUCACGAUGAGUGCCGCGUGUUUAAGUAAUUGCAUUUUUAUAUCAGUGCUAGUCUUUAACUGACCAAGUAAAACAUGACUAAACAAAACAGAAACCACUGGUUGGAAAAUCGCUGGCUGAUGUCAGUUGUGACCGUUUUAUCAACCUCUCAGUGUUGAAUGAGUAAGAAUGACGCAGGGCAGGUCCGUUACUGGAAUUUCACUUUUAAAAAAAAAAUUUGGCAAAUGGAAGAGAUGCAUUAAGCUCAAGUUUAUCGUCAUUUCCCAUAGAAUAUGCGUUUAAAGUGUUUAAAGGUGCGGUUUGUUGCUUGGAAAAUUUUCAAAAGUCUAGUCAUUUCGAUCAGAAUCCAUGUAUUCAGGAGUUUCCCAUAAAAGCGCAAUCUUCCCCAUGCAGAUUUAGUUAAAUUUUCUGUAUUCAUCAACAGAAAGCUGCUCGGUUUGAAAGUGAUUUGUGCUUCAUAUAUAUCUCUACGCUAUUGACAAUAUAUUUUAUAUAAAAAAAAAAAAAAAAAGACUUAAUUCAGCAAUUUGUAUCCUAUGUGUCUCUCCACGUCAAUGUAGCACCAAUUUGGAGAAUAUCCACUGAUCGCAAACUGUAAGCUGUUCUGUGUCAGCUGCAUUACAUGGAUACUUGUAUGUAUUUAAUUAAAACAUUGAAAACAGUGUAUCCCUUAAUAGUAUCCCUUCAGUGUGUCGCUUAAUAACGUUACAGUUGAAUCGGUUACUUGGCAGUCAAUGGGAUAGUCACAAACCUCCUGUUUUCAUUCAAAUAUCUUAAAUUGUCUUCAGAAGAGAAAGAAAGCCCUUUUUGGGUUUGGAACGGCAUGGGGGUGAUUAAUGACAAAAUCUUCUUUUUGGGGUGGAGUAAUAAUUUAAAUAUUUCCCCAAGAAAAGCUAUUUAUGAAAAUGUAUCACAUUGACCAACAAAAUUCAGCUUAGUUUUAAUGUUUACACAGUUUGAGCAGCAAGAUUGUGUUUAGUUUUAACUAUCUUCCAUUUUGUAUUGUGUUGAGUAAGUUAAAAGAUCUUUAUCCUAUCUGUAGUGUCUUUCAUGUCACCACAAGGAACUGCAUCUGAUGUGGCAUUUAUAUGCAUGUACAAAGUUUAAUGUACAUGGGGACAUGGAUGCAUUGAACCUGCAGUUACAAAUGCAUAAAUAGUGCUUUUAAACAUAACACGUUGAAUGCUGAUCUUUG